AAUAAACGUUUUUGAUUGCAGUGACAAGAAUGAAAGGACCAAGCCGGAAGGAGGAUUCGCCCAGCGGCAGCGCGAAGACAUACGAGUCGAAAGUGGGCAAACUGAAGCAAAGGAUGAGUUCGCAGAUGCAGCAGCAAGUAGCCCCAGUCACGUAUGAUGAGGCGAAGGCGACUUGUAAGGCUAGGAAGAGGAAAGAAAGACAGGAGAGCAUCAGCUCUCUAUACCAAGAAAGAAAAGUCAUCAGGCUCAAUAAAGUUUAUUAUAGAUCCAACUCAGAAGAGAGACCUACGCAAAAGAAACUUGUAGAAAGUAAAAGCAAUAUUAGAAGAGUUUCUAGCAGCGAGGAUUUCCAAAGACCAGGCGCAACCGACAGAGCCAGCUUAUCUCCACACAGAGGCGGAUCAAGUGAAAAAACCUUGACGUAUGAUGACUGUGAACAUGAAAAGAGAAGGUCCCAUGAAAGAUUUGCCAGACCUCUAACGCUGAAGAGCAAAAAGCACCCCCACAAGCGAUUAAGAGUGAGGUACCUUUCACGGACCAAGUGUAAACCAGAACUGCCAACUGAUACCAAAGACCAUCAUAAGAAAAGCAAUACUUUGCAGUGUGCUUCAGACAAAACGACAGACUUUUUAGACGCACACAGCAACGACGGACAAAGAGAUCGAUCUCCGAGUCCCACUCACAGAUCUGUAUCUCCAGUUUUGGACUUAAGUACGUUGCAUGAACAAGUGGAUUCAAAUGAGCCGAUGUUGUCACAAAGCAGGCAGGUGACUGAAACCACCGAAACCAUGCCUAGCCUAUCAGUAGCUACCAACAGACUCUUAUCAUCUCCAAGAAACUCGAUCAUCGCAACUCACAGGAUCUACUUGGAUCCAGAUAUACCAAAAAUGAUCUCAUCGCUCGACCAAAAACUCCAAAGUCCAGUCGAUGAAAAAUGUCAAAAACUGGCAAAGCAAAUAAACAGCGUUAAAAAGAAAAUCAAAAAAUACGAGGGCGAAUUUGAAAAUAAACACGGUUUCAAACCCUCGUACGUCGAGAAAAUGAGCGACAAGAAUAUGAAGAAGCUUUAUUCAGAGUUGAGCAAGUUGAAGAAGGAGCAGAAGCAACUCACUGAGAUGUCGAGUACUUGUACGUUGAUUCCAGGAGAAGAGACUAAAUCGGAAAAGAUGAGCUGUUUAGAGACUACUGUUUCGGAAAUCGAAAAGAAACUUACUACAAAGCGAGAAACUGCCGGAAGAAGCUACAGAAUCGAAGAAAUGACACCCGAACAGCUGAUGGAUGAGAAAGUCGCCAUUCAGAAAGCUCUGUUGUACCUGGAGGCUACACAUGGAAGACCGAAUACCAAAGAAAACAGGGACAUAGUUAGACCCUUCUAUGAUCGAUACAGAACUCUGAAGAGAUUGGUCGUAAAAAUAUCAACGCCGAAUUCGUCAGGCAAUGAGUUAGCUACAAUCCACGAAAACGAAGCAAUGAAUUUCAUCACCCCUACCUCGUCGUCUCAAUCAAACGACACAGAAUCAGAAAAAACAGCGACUAUGCUACCCUCAAUCAGCACUGACAGUGACACUGACAGUUCGAUCGGAGAGAACCUACACUCUCUUCCAAGAUCAGAACUGCUACAGCAGCUCAAAGUAGUUACGGAAGAGAAAAAGGAGCUCAGAAGGACAAUCAAACAGUUCGAAAUGGAAAUGCAGAUGAAGACUGGCAGGAUGAUACAGAAGGAGGAUAAGGUAUCCAUGGAAACGGUUUAUUUGACCUACAAGAAGACCAAAGCGAAGUACAGGUUGCUAGAGGCUCUUGUAGGGAAAGCGUCUUCUUGAAGAAGUGGUUCAGAAGACCACAAAAUAGAGCCAAAUAUCGCGAGUCAUACAUGAACGUUUACUAAGGAACGAUUUUUUUCUAUACGAGGAAACCAAAGCGAAAUAUAGUUUAUUGGAGGCCUUUGUUGUUAAAGCGCCAUUUUGAAACUAAGACUUAGAGUUAUCCACAGACUAUAAGAUCGAAGUAUAUAGAGUGAUUCACAAGUCAUGACCAAAAAUGAAACAUCAUACACAGGACCGCACUCAAAAAUGGAAAAAAUAAACUUUUGACUUGAAAAUGGUAGUAGUAACGAAUUUAUUGAGGGAAAUAACAUUUUAACCAAAUUUCAAGCUGGAUUCAGGGAGAAACACUCAACUGAAAUGGCAACACAAAUGGUUUUAGAGGACUGGAGAUGUAUGGAUAAUAGGAAACAUACAGUAACAGUGUUUUUGGACUUCAAAAGGGCGUUUGAGACUAUUGACAUGAUAAAUUACUUACAAAAUUGCAUCACUACGGAUUUAAAGGAUCUGUAUUUAAAAUUCUACAAAACUAUUUAAUUGACAGAAGUCAAAAAACCAAAAUUGGAUCUACAUUAUCAAGAACAAAGAAUAUUUCUGAUGGUCACAAGGUAGUAAACUAGGUCUACUACUACUUAUUUUAUACAUUAAUGACAUUUGUAAUAUUUUAGAUUAUUGUAAACUUCAGAUAUUCGCAGAUGAUACGUUAAUAUACAUAUCAGAUGAAAAUAUAGACACUGCUUUAAAAAUGCUAAAUUCUGACUUGGCAAAAAUCGUAAAUUGGUUAAAUGUAAAUAAACUAAAAUUGAAUACUUCUAAAACAAAAUGUAUGCUUAUAGCGAAAUACCUAAAUGAAAAUACUAUCACAGUUAGGAUAAAUGGAGAAAUAAUUGAAAAUGUUGAAUCAAUUAAAUAUUUAGGUAUAUAUAUAUAUAUUGAUACAAAACUAAAGUUUGAGGAUCACUUAGAAUACAUUAUUUCAAAAAUUGCAAAAAAACAAAUUACUUUUAUAGGGCUUCUCAUAGUCUUAGUACAUAUUCCAAAAAAAUAGUUUAUAAUACAAUUAUUCUAAAGCAUUUACUAUAUUGUUCAAUUAUCUUGUUCACAGCCAAUGAAGCUGUAUUCUCAAAAUUACAAGUCUUGCAAAAUAAAGCUAUGAGAAUAAUAUUGAAUAAAAAUAAGAACACGAAAAUAAAAUCUAUGUUACAAGAAUUGCAGUGGUUGAAUAUAAAAAAUUUUAUUUCAUAUUUGAUUCUUCUUUUAUAUUUAAAAUAAAAAAUCAUCUUUUGCCAGAACAUUUAGAACACUACAUAGAAUUGAAUAAUCAUUAUCACAAUUAUUAUACAAGAGGAAAUAUAGAUUUUCAUUUACAAAAUUGUAAUGUUAAUUUAACUAGCAAAUCAAUAUUUCACAAAUGAUUACUUGAAUUUAAUAAACUAAAUAAUGAUAUAAAGUCUACUUGUAAUUCAAAGAUAUUUAAAAGACAAUUAAAAGAAUAUUUCAUGGAAAAUGAAAAUUCAUAAAGAUGCAAUUUUUUUUUCUAAAUAUCUGUAUGUUAUGUAAUUGUUUAGUUUUUUAGAAGAAUGUAAUAGUAGCAAUCAUGCUAAAUAAAUCUUAAACAAACAAAUAAAUAAUAACAACCGUAUAACACAAAACUUUGACAUCCUAUUUCCCAAGAAACGUCAUGUUGGUAUCAAGGCCUCUUAUUUUAUUGUGAAACGAUUUGUAUCUCGGCUCUUCAUGGAUGAUCUAAUUUGUUUUAUUUUUAUUUUUACGAAAACACUGCACUCUAGGAAAAAAGACAAGUGUAAUUGUUUGUAACAAAAUUUGAAAAAUUGCGCAUUACGAAAAAAAAAAACAGUGCCACUAAUCCCCUGUAUCUCCGCCACUGGAGCACGUUUAUUUUAAGUGUGGGCAAUACUUAGGUAAAUCCACAUACCAAAUUUCAGUUGCUUCCAGUUGACGGUUAUGAAGAUAUUAAAAAAAAUUGUUUUUUAUUUACAAACUUCAACACCCGGUAUCUUUUUGAUGAAGCCCUUGAAGAAAAAAUGUCACAUUGAAGACCCCCUUAAAACGAUGUUUCAUUUUUGGUCACGACUUGUAAAUCACCCUGUAUACAGUAUGUAUACUGUAACAUUAUGUAUACUGUUUUGUGGUUAGGGCCCUUAAUAAUCUUUGAAGCAAAGGCUAUAAUUUAGCAAUAAACCGAUCAGUAAAUCAGUUACUUGAGAUUAAAUGUUCGAUUUUUAGUAGUUCAACUGAUAGAUGUUAUAUGUUAUAUGUGUACAUCUUCGAACGGUGUGUUCUGAUAAUAUGGCAUGAUUCAAAAUCUACAGUUUCCAAUAAUCUUCUAUUUAAUGGCCCGACGGAUGAGAUCGAAAAAAAAGCAAUUCCAGUACUGCUUCCUCUCUGUUCACUUACCACGGAUCGUAGUCUUACAAGAUCUUUGAAGAAUAAGAUUUGUUAUGUAGUAGGUAGUAUUACGAGUGUUCAACUCACUUAGUAACUUGUUUUCGUUGAUCCUUGCAAAUCACUUUUAUCAUUAAUUAUAAAAAGGCACAUGCUUUGCCGCUUACCGGGAAAAGUACAACAGAGACGAAGUGUCAAUUGUUCCGAGGUACUCAUAGGCGUAUCAUUUUAGAAAAAGGGUCAAGUCACAACAAGAUUAAAUACCGAAAUAGUAGCUACGAGCCCUGAAAUAGUUCGGACAUUAUCUAAUUUUAUCUUAAAGUUUGUUUAUUUUUUUAAGGUACCAAUUUUUUUACCGUGAGCAACGACCUUGCUUUUGCCUAUGAAUAAAUAUGCCAUAUGUCCUUUAAAUGCAUCCUACGUACCUUAUAAAAAUGUAAACCAGACUUAUGAAUCCACCGACGGCACGUUUCUCGUGAAACAUUUCCAGCUGUUUCUUCAUUCCAUUUUGCUGUUAUGUCCCUUACAAUACCUCGACGACCAGCUUUACAAAUACGAACAAGAGAUCUUUGCAUUCUAGGGGACUGAUCUUACGUGUCCUACCAACACCCUGUCUUGAAACUUGACUUAAACCUGUGUCUCCAUACUUUUUUGCAAUAUCUGUCACCGUAGACUUUGAGACAUUUGUUUAGCAAUAUCCCGAAAACUCUUUCCUUGAUGAAACAAUUUUAUGAUUAAAACUCUGAUUGCACCGUUUAUUGAUUUAACACGCGACAUUUUAAAGCAAAUUGAUUCACAGAAUUCAUUCUUAAACCUAAAUGUCAAAUUGAAGACACUUCUUUGUUUCCAUGGCCUGCUAUUAUUUUCUUUUUAAUUUCGUGUGCGAACAUUUAUGUGUCAGCAAAAUGUUGCGUUGUUAUCAAUAUUAGUUUGAUUUUAUACUUCAGUAUCAUGCUACUUGAAAACAGUUGUUAAUAUGAUGUGCAAACAAUAUAUUUCAUUCUCUUAUAAAAGAAAAACAGUUAAUUUUUAACCUAACAAAAAUAAACAAACUUUUAGAUUAAAUUAGAUAAUGUGCGAACAUUUUUGUGUUAGAGCUCCUAGUAGUAAUCAUCACAUGAUUUUUAAAACCGUACAAGCAUUUUGUUGUCUACUUUCGAAAAUCAAUGAAUUUAUUGUGAAACUGUAUAAGAUUUUGAAUUCCAAAUGCCGUUGAAAUUGUUUCACUAUAUGCUAGAUAUGUACCUUCGAUUUCGCAACGUAUAUUCUAUAGGAUUUACAGUAAAACUGAUAUUUAGACACUGAAAAAUUAACAACAGACCACGACUUCGACGCACAAACUAAAAGUAUCAAUACAAACAGAUGCAAAUAUUAUAUUUGGACACUGAUUCACUCAUUUUGAAAGAUCGGGGACAGAUAAAGGACAAGCGAAUAAAUAAUUUUUAUUAUCUGUCCUUGGUCAGCUUUGUAGAUCCCAAAAUAUUUUUUGGAGACGUAGUUGUAUAUUAUUCUUAGAAUAUUGUGAUACAGUGAGGUGUUUACAUCCCUCCCAGAGUCGUACAAAAAUAGUGAGUUGAGAGAAACUUUAUAAUCGUUGAUAUACAGAUAAAUGCAAAAUGGUAUUAUUUAAUCUAAAUGUGUAGAAUUCUAACGAGAUGGAAGUAGAAUUCAGGUGACUAUGAGAGUAUUGGCACACAACAGUAUUCUACCAGAUAGUAGCAUGGCAAUUAGCAAUCAAGUAAUACUAGACUAGCAGAUGGUGUCCAAUGGGAAAGCUCACUUAUAUUUAUUACUAUCAACAUAUUCCUAAAUACGGCGGGUUUCAUUUCUUAAAUUUUAUUCCGACCACAUGAUUACCACCCCUUCGGACACUCUUCUAAUCGCGCGCGCAAAUACUGAAACACUCUCUUACAGAGUUCCGGAAUGAUGUUUAUUUCUCGUCGAAUGUUGUCUUUGACCCCACAAAAAAUAAUCGCAUGGCGUGAUGUCGGGUGACCUAGGAGACCAGUGAAUGUCUCCAAACUUUAUGAGGAAAAAGUGCUAUCAUAGUAUUCCUCGAUUCUCUGGAAGAAUCGGCAGUGGCCCCAUUCUAUUGGAAGCAUGUGUUUCUGUUAAAAAAAGUGUCAACCAUGUCCUUGUAUCGCUCGGAACUGACUGUCAAUGCAUGACCGUUUUCAUCUUCAAAGAAAUACGGCCCAAUAAUACCGGUAGAGGAUAUGGCGCACCAAACAGUCACCUGUGGACUAUGUUGAUGUUUCUCUUUUGGGUUCGUUGGUGCGCAAUGUCUGCAAUUCUGCUUGUUCACAUAACCAUCUAAGUGAAAAUGGGCCUCGUUACUGAAAACAACGAUCUCGAGACUGCGCUGCGUAGGAAAAAGAUUCAACAUCCGUUCAGUACAAGAUUUCCGUAAUACGUAAUCACUUUCUUUUAAAGCAUGGACUGAUUGGAUUUUAUAAGGAUGAAAAUCCAUUUUUUUUUCAUUAUGCUAUGCAGUGUUGAGCUAGGGAUUCCCAAAUCAGCGGAAUGCUUGCGUACAGAACGCCGAGGAUUUGCAAUGACCGAAUCACUUACUCGACGCACAUUUAGGUGUAGGGCCAGGAUUGGAUUGACUAAGAGUAGAGUCUUUUUCACGAACUUCUUAAUCCAUUUUUUCAAGCUCGAGUUCUUAAAUACCUAGGUCAUCUCUUGGUCGGCGAAUGUUGUAUCGUCUACAAAAAAUUUCCGAAGGGCAGUUGCGUAUGGAUCGCCAUUCUAAAGUAAGCCUCGAUAGCAAAAGCCACGUUGCGCUCCGGUCCAACGUUUCAUUAUGACUAUUUAACCCGCACGCCGAAUGCGUCGAUCAAGACAUCUCCCCACUUCCUCAAAUUUGAAAUGUGAACUUUCCCACCGGACGCCCCAUUUAGGGACAGUGUCGAAACAUUAUCACCCUAGAAAGUUCAAAUAAAAUAUAUCCACUAAAUACACUAUACACGAAUUCUACUCGUACAGUCACCUGAGCGUUAUUAAUUCAUAGUAAAUAUGUAUAAAUAACCUACAUAUAUCAUGCUACGAGAAAGGUGAAUCAAUCGGACUGUAUUACAAUUCUUGAUAAGAUAUAGUACUUAAUCGGAGCAAGUACAAGCAAACACUAUAUACGAUAAAUUCAACAAUACGAUGAUAAAAAGUAUCAAUCAAUAUUAUUGUAUGUGUACCUAAAUGUGUGUAUCUUCAUAAUAUACUGAUGCGAAUCAUAGGAAUGAUCUACUAUGUAUGGUUUUUCUAUGGUUCUAUGGUUAUCUACGUGGAAACUUGAUGUAUUUUUCUAUUAGGAAUACAUAUCGAAACAACUUGACGUAUAAGAUCUCAGAAUAUUUUGUAUCAUUGAUCAAUUCCCAAUCAUCAACCAUUUUUCAUUUAAGAUAGUAGAGUGCCCCAUAUCGGACCCCCAAGUUGUUUUUGAUUUAAAAUGAAGAAUAGCUAAACGUAUUAAACAACUGUAACUUGAGAGUUAUUGUUAAAGAAAAUAAUUUCCAAUAAGGAAACAAAACACAUAAUGGUGGGCUACUAUUUACACUUGAUUAUAAUGGAAUAUUAGAGAAUGCACAGCCAACAAGACCAGCGAGACGCUUGUAGGGGGUCAGAUCUAGGGCACUUUUCUCUAAUAGAAUCGGUCUACGCGUUUUAGCUUCUCGCAACAUUUUUGUGUUAUACACUUGUUGAUGGAAAAACUGCCAAAUUUGGAUACCAAUCCUGUACAUAACAUCGUAAUACUUACGCCUACCUUUGAAAAAAUUGUAUUCUAAGAAAUGCAUGCUGAUAAUAUUAGCUUGACUAUAUGAUAUAUAUAAUAUAUAGUAAACAUAUAAUGUGAAAUCAUAUAUUAAAUAUAAAAAUCUUUUAAUAUGUGUACUGAUGAUAUAAAUAUUGCGGGACUUUCGAUUUUGCAAGUCAUUCUCGUAGAAUCGAACAAUAUACUGACGAUACUUUUUAUUUAUUUAAAUAUUUUGAAACGAAAAGUGUUGAAUUAGAAAAACCCAAAAGCAUUAUUUUGAAGCUAGCUGAUAUAGCUACUUAAUUUAAAUCAAGCAUAUAAUGUAAACAACUGGGCAUUUGGUAGAGUUUUUCAGUACUUCUGCACUGCUAUAUUGGCAAGGACCUAAAAAAAUCGUCAGUGUAUUUUUUUAUUAAGCCUUUAUAUAGACAAGCAAAAUAGAUAUUUGCUCUAGGUUAGGGUUACUUAUUAUAUAACUUAUUGUAGAUAUAUAACAUUAUAUUUGAAGAGUUGUGACGUUCUUAUAAUUGUUAUAGAUUUUGAUAUGUGAACUUGCUAUUACAUUUGGGACAAUGUUUAAGUUUUGUUAAUUCAUUUGAUAAGUAUUGUUUAUACCAUGUUUAUAAAUUUUUGUGAAUAUAUCUUAUUUUUAAGCAGAAAUUAUGUUAAACGAAUACACGUAUUUACUUUCAUGGAUUGUAGUUUUUCUUCACAAAAGCCUUAAUGUACCACAAAAUGUAAGAAGCUUGCAAUCGUCCAGACCAAUACAUGCGCUUACAAAUCAGACUUUUUUAAAUCAUGAGCUUCGCGUUGACAAAGCAAGGUUUGUAUUGUGUGGUACAGAAACAAGGAACAUUUGUGUCCAAAUCGACAUCGCAUUUCCAAAACUAGAAAUGGUGUUAACUACAAUGGAUAAAAAUUCUACAACCUAUUGUCAACUGAAAUCUCAUCUCUCGAUGUUCAACAAUUUGCCAAAACCAAGCAAUGUUCCUACUAUCUUUUUUUGACGUCGAAGACUUCCUUACCUUCAGUUUUUUCAUCGUGGCAUAAUUUUCUUUGUAUUUAGUCUAUUUUAUAACUUUU